AUCUCGUUGCCUCCUUUACUAGUCAAAAGAGACUCUCUCUCUCUCUCACGUCCAAUUUCUCACAUCCCAGCUAGACAUAUGGGUAUUAUAGUAGUAGUCGGGUUGUUUAUGUUACUUUUACUCGGUUUCUUGGCGUUGAGCCAUUUCAAGCCAUUGAUCAUCAAAUAUGAUGGUAGUGGUGGUGGUAGUAGUGGUCUUCUUAUUCCAGACGGUAGUCUCGGUUGGCCUGUUAUUGGUGAAACUCUCGGAUUUCUCGAGCCUCACCCUUCUACUUCGCUCGGUUCCUUCCUUCAAAACCACUGCUCCAAGUAUGGGAAAGUGUUCAAGUCGCACUUGUUCUUGGCACCAACGGUUGUUUCCUGCGACCAAGAGCUCAACUGCUUCAUCCUCCAAAAUGAAGGAGCCCUGUUCGAGUGCAGCUACCCGAAGCCGAUCCACGGCAUCCUCGGCAAACUCUCCAUGCUCGUUGCCGUCGGGGACACCCACAGGCGGCUUAGGAGUGCUGCCCUCUCCCUCGUCUCUGUCACCAAAUCAAAGCCCCAGUUCCUCAACGACAUCGAAAGGGCAGCACUUGAGGUCUUGGGUUCGUGGAGAAACGAGGACAGGGUCUUGUUCUGUGAGGAUGCUAGGAAGUUCACCUUCAAUGUAAUAGUAAAGCAGGUGUUAGGCUUAACACCUGAUGAGCCGCGGACCAGAGCCAUCCUCCACGAUUUCGUCACUUUCAUGAGAGGCCUAGUGUCGAUCCCUUUAUACAUUCCCGGCACUCCGUAUGCUCGGGCUGUCCAGGCUAGACAAAGAAUAUCAUCAAGUGUGAGGUCGAUCAUGGAAGAGAGACGACAAGCCGGUCGUGGUGGAUGGAAUGCUACGAGUAGUGAUUUCCUCGAGAUACUAUUGGGAAUGGACACAUUAUCUGAUGAUGAAAAAUUGAGCUUCAUCUUAGAUUCUCUGUUAGGUGGCUAUGAGACAACAUCUCUGUUGAUGUCCAUGGUGGUUUAUUUUCUUGGCCAGUCCAGUGCUGCAUUUGAACAAGCAAAGUUAGAGCACCAACGCAUAAGAAGCAGGAAGAAGGAAGACGAGUGUCUAAGCUGGGACGAUUACAAGAAAAUGGAGUUCACUCAAAAGGUUAUGAACGAAGCUCUCAGAUGUGGGAACAUCGUAAAAUUCGUACAUAGGAAGGCUCUGAAAGACGUCAGGUUCAAAGGUUUUUAUAUUCCUCGUGGUUGGAAGGUCCUACCUGUCCUCAGUGCGGCCAAUUUGGACCCAACUCUCCAUGCCAAUCCUCUUCAAUUUCAUCCAUGGAGAUGGGAGAGCCACGACCAAACGAGCAAGAAAUUUACGCCAUUUGGAGGAGGCUCGAGGUGCUGCCCUGGCUUCGAGCUUGCCAAGCUCGAGGUCGCAUUCUUCCUCCACCACCUCUUAUUAAAUUUCCGGUGGAAGAUUGAAGAUGAGGAGGAGCAACCGAUAGCAUAUCCGUACGUUGAAUUCAAAACCGGAUUGGCACUUCGAGUGGAAAGUUGCUCAAAUAUGAGCUGACAAUUUCUCCUUACAAAGUACUAAAUAUCGUGAUGGUUCGGCAUGUACAAUUAGAAACUUCAUAUCGUUGUGACAGUUAGCACACAUGCAUGUAUGUAAUCAUGUUUGGUUCGUAUGAGAGAUUUGAAUUUUGAGAACUGAGUUCGAGUCGGGCGUGUGCUAAACCAUGAGAGCGAGAUCUAUGUAACUCAAUCCA